AUGUUUGAUAGAAAAGAACAAGAAUUAACAGCGUGGACACCUGAGGAAGAUAAAAAGGCAGAAGACCAUCAUCAAGGUGUGACGAUAUGUGCUAAUUGUGAAACGACGACGACACCCUUGUGGAGAAGAGAUACGAGUGGAAGAACGAUAUGCAAUGCAUGUGGGCUUUAUUAUAAAUUACAUCUGGUGCACAGGCCAGCCACGAUGAUGAGAACAGUGAUCAAAAGGAGAAAGCGU